CGGGGCUGUCGUCUUCUCCUCGGUCGAGUUGCCGUACGAGGACCUCCUGCGUCAGGAGCUGAGGGCCGUGAAAAAGCGGUUCCUCCAAGAAAACGACUGUCUCACCGAGGAGCGUCUGGAGCGUUUUUUAAAGAAAGCCCUGGAGGCCAGUAAUUAUGGGGUUUCUAUUUUGAAUAACGCCUCUGCCAACUGGAACUGGGAUUUCACCUCAGCGCUUUUCUUUGCCAGCACGGUGCUGUCCACCACAGGGUACGGUCACACGGCACCACUGUCAGAUGGCGGCAAGGCAUUCUGCAUCAUUUACUCUGUAAUUGGUAUCCCCUUCACCCUCCUCUUCCUCACCGCUGUGGUGCAAAGGAUCAUGGUUUUCAGCACGCGUAGGCCAGUUGGAUACAUCCACACUCGCUGGGGUCUGUCAAAGCCACUUGUGGCCAUCGUCCACGCCACUGUGUUGGCCAUGCUGGCAGUCUCGUGCUUUUUCCUCAUCCCUGCUGCCAUUUUCUCAGCCCUGGAGGAGAACUGGAACUUCUUGGAGUCCUUCUACUUCUGCUUUAUUAGCCUUAGCACCAUCGGCCUUGGAGAUUAUGUACCUGGAGAGGCUGCUAACCAGAAGUUUAGGGAACUUUACAAAGUGGGGAUCACUGUCUACCUGAUCCUGGGUCUGAUUGUCAUGCUGGUGGUGCUGGAGACCUUCUGCGAGCUGCAGCAGCUGAAGCAGCUCAGGAAUAUGUUCUACCUAAAGAAGGACAAGCCACAGGACCACCUCGCCAUUUUGGAGCACGACCACCUGUCCUUCACCACAGUGUCCGACAGCAACGCCACCAACUCUGAGAAUAAAAACCAAAUGUUUGUUAGCGUCCCAAAUCCGGCCUCUCCCAUCGACGACCCUAUGAUCCAGUAACAAGCAUCAGAGUCACAGAUGAAGACGAUUCGCUCGUGCUGAAUUCGUCGUGAGUAGAUUGCAGCUUUAUUUGCGACACUUUAUAAUCUGAAACGGACAAAUUGCUCAGACAAAGCUAACGAUCUUCUUUACUGAACCACGAUACUGACAGCAGCAGAGACCGUAUUUAUCUACAUAAUAAGGCAGAAAUGAAUAUUUUAAGUUAGAAUAUAAAAAUAAAAGUCUUCUGCUGUUUUUAGGACUCACAAAAGCCAAGCGCCUUUAAGAGCUGCAUUAUUUAUAACACAGUUAGGAAUAUUUGAUGAAGGAAUUCGGCUCUUGAAUACCGCUGAAAUGUGGGACGAUUUCCCAUCUCAAAAGUGGCGUAUCUUAUAAAUAAGAGUUUCUUGGUGAUUAGUUGGAAUAGAUCAUUAGUAAUUAGGUGGUUUUAAAUCAAGUCAAAAUAUAAAGAAAACAAAAAGAAAAAAAUGAGGUCUUUUUUUAUCAUGUGUUCAUAUUUUUGAGGCAUUUCUCCUACUUAUCUGUGUCAUUGAUCUAAUUUAUCAACGGCUGCUGCAUUCAGACAGGAAAUCAAUGAGAUUUUAUUUAAAAUAUGUAUUCAUUGGGUCUUUUUUUUAAGUUAAUCCUCCCGCUGUCCUAAUGGGUGUGACCCCGCGAGGAAAGUUGACCUUUGAGCAGGGUUGAUGGUUUAUCCCUUGAGGUCCAUGUGGCAGGGGUGAGGAGUGAGCACCACCUCACCCCUGCCACAUGGACCUCAAGGGAUAAACCAUCAGUCCUGCUCUAUGGUCAACUUUCCUCUCGGGGUCACCCAUGAAGACAAUGGGAGGGUUAAACAGGUUGCAGCUGUGCAUUCUCUUCAGCCAUACUGCAUCCAGUGUUGACUUAUUCAUUGAUUUCGCUUGUUUUUUUGGUAAUAUUUAACGUGACCCAAUUUGGAAAGGGAGAAAACGUUUGAUGGACUAGUUCCACAUUUUUUUCACUAAAUACUGAAUAACAAUCAGAAAAUACCAGAUUAAAGUGAGAUCAAGGAAGCUGCUAACUGAAAAAAAAAAAAAAAAAAAAAAGAGCCGAGACAUUUAUUUUAGUCGUUUUCUGGCUGAUUCUUACCUUGGUUGUCUAGAGGUUCUGUAUGUCUCAUUACUAGGAGAAAUAAUGCAUUCCUGACCUGAACAUGUUGCAGUGUGGUGUCGGUUUCGUCCAUGUGUGAAGAGCUAUGGAUUAGCCUGAAGAGUUUAAUGACCAUGGAAAAAGGGAGACCGGUCUGUUUCUACUGUACAGUGGAAUUUGCACAUGAGACGUGGUCAGUAUUUACAGAAGCGGUUUGAAAACUGGAUCAUUUUAUUUGCGUAUUUAUGAAUCCGUCUUUAAAGGGAAAAGAUCAGGACUACGAUUUUACUGUAUUUUAACAAACUGAAUGUAAAAAUGUCUUUUUGUUUUGUUUAUGAUGUGGAAAGUUUACGACUUGUUUUAAUUAAAGAAGCAACGAAUGGUACCUUCAAAAACUUGAAAUGAUUAAUCCAAGCUGGAGUUCAGAAUAUGUACAAUUUUUGAAAAUGUGAUCACAAACAACUGAGACAAUGUUUUUCAGUAACCCUUCAGAGUUGUAGACGUACAGCCACACAAGUACAGGUCAAACUGGAAAAAUGACAACAUGGUGCAAAAGUCAAUUUAUUUCAGUAAUUCAUCGUAGACUGAGAGACCAUUUAAAGGUGCAGUAUGUAAGAAUGUAGUGAGAAUUUUACAGUGAGAAAAUCCCAAAAGAGUCUAAUGUUUCAGUCAUUUUGGAAGGAAGGCUAUACUGAAACAUAAUUCAUAUCCAGCUGACUGUGGGGAUUGUCAGUUUUUCUCCUUUCAAAACAAAAGAAGGAGGGACUAACUCCUGUUUACCAUCCGUGAGUGUGGGGUUGCCGUGUCUCCGGUGAGCUAAUACUGCAGCGCCGACAUUGGUAAUUUGACAAAGGCUGGCAAAAAGCUCCAGAGUUGUUUAAAGUGGUUGCAGUAACCAAAUUUUACCACAGGAUGUUAUUUUGACUUCUUUUCUACAUAAUGCACCUUUAAAAUGACACUGAGCGGUGUCCUGCUACUCUGCCCUAUUGCAAAGGGCAAUUACAACUGUUGUAAACAACCUUGCUGCAGCCUGCUGUAGCUAGCACUAACAACAAGCUAACUAAUACUAAAAUAAAAUGCAAAGUAAAAAGGUCCACACUGUUGGUCAAAAAUAUUACUUACAAGUCCAGUUGCAACAAAGCUAGGUCAUCAUCAGUUUGUAACUUUGUAGCCUCCUUUAGCUCCCUCAAAUUAGCAUAGGCUGCACCGAUGUUCACACUGGUUCUGGCAAUUUGCUUAGCCUCCAAAAACAUUACAAACUUAUUUUUAAUUCAAAGCUCUUAUGUUAAUGACAACAAAAAAAAGGAAACUUCUUUUUCUUCUUGGGCUUUUUAUUUAUGAUCAGCAAACUGAGAAAGCUAACUGCUAGCAAAACAGCUAACAGUCAUAAAGCAGGUAAAGAGCUCCCCCUAUAGAGCUCUGACCAGCAGAGGAAUGGUGUCAAAUAUGAAACUGGUCAAGUUUCUAACGCAACAAUUACUGAGAUCAAAGAUGCGAACGCUUUUGCUUAAAAAACAUUUAGUGUUAUUUUAAAGGCUCAGGAACCCUUUGCAGGUGUUUUGGAUCAGUUCACUGAUUAGAUUGGGACACUUUGAGCCUAGAAUAUUCAACUUUUUCACAAUAUUCUUAUUAUCUGAAAUUUUGAAUUUUGGGUUUCUAUAAGCCAUAAUCAUCACAGUUAUAACAAACAAAGGCUUGAAGUUUCUGGCUUUGCAUGUAAUGAGUGUAUCUCAUAUAAUAGUUUCACCUUUUACGAUGAAUUACUGAACUAAAUUACCUUUUGCGCCAUAUUCUAAUUUUCCAGAUUCACCUGUGAUGUGCAGCACUCCACUAAUGAAAAUGAAAUUGAUCUUGAUCCAAAUGAUCUUGAAUUCUAAGCUCCGUCUUACUACUGAGGUCAUUUAAAGUUUAAAUUUGCUGCAGCGACUUUGACCGCAUCACCUGUUGAAGUCACUUACCAGCUUCAGGUGCAUUCCUAUAAAGAUCCCAUUUGUUAUACAAACCAAUUAGUAUUUCCCACAAAUUGCAUCAGAGAAGGUUGACAUACGAAGGUGAUGAUGUCACAUUGCAUCAGCAUCUUGCUUUUGGGUUUAUGAGCAGCUUCAGAAUAAUCUCAGUCCAGUCUCGCUUCUGUGUCAUAAUUGGUCCUUUUUUUUUCAACUAAAAAUGUAAAACUGAAACAACUGGAGGGCAUUUGGUGACAUUUUAGCCAUAUAAAUUACAAAUGCUCCUUUUAAGUUCACCUAACUUAGCUUCAGCCUCUAUUUUCAUCGGCGUUUGUAUUUUUCUGUGAAGCGUUGAAAGGGUUAGAAACGUGCCUGACAUUCCUGGAAUCCUCUUGGCUUUUAUUUGAUGCUUUUUACUUCUAACCAUCGUUGGCCUUCAUGCACAACUGUGAGACAUCGAUUCUGUUCCUAUUUUCCGCUGUCCAGAUGGGAAAUUUAACAUUUUUUAAAAACUUUUACUGUAAAUCGGUCCAUGUCUACUUAGGCUUUGUUCCUGCAAAGUCACCUCUCACAUCGGACGUGAACGCUGUAAGAUAAAGUAGUUUGUGUGAUUACAAACAGCAUGCACCAAUAUUAUUUAUUAAUGCUGAGAAAGUGAAUAUGUGGAUCCAUGCGUUUUUGUACAUAUCUUGUCAUUUGUUGUGGUGGAUGCCAUAGAUUCCUACGGUUAAGUAUUUCACUGUUACAACACCCAUAUUGUGCUACAGGACUGUCACUGCAAGGGUUAACAAAAAGCUGUAAAAUGUCAGUGCGUCUGAAAUAAAACUGGUUUAUAAUUA